AGACGAACACGUACCGGACGACGGACAGUAAUCUUAAUAGAUUCUACGAAUCACAUGUAUGCAACAUACCCGGUAUCAUCAUAUCACAUUCGGGUUUGAUAGUGCAAUGUCCUAAAUACUUGAAAGUGUGACAAUCAAUAACUCAACCCCUACUUAAACAAAAGCUGAGUGUGAAAUGUCAUCAUCAGACUCCCCUAUACCUGUUCAGCUCCAGGCUUUCAUGUCUGAUUUGCCCAACCACAUGUCAGGGAUGAUGCCGGAGCUCACUGUCAUGGGGAUCGUCAACUGGGUGGCAGCUGGUGCCAUGGUAUUUGGAGGAGUGGUUCCGUUCAUUCCUCAGUUCAGAGACAUCAGGCGGUCUGGUAACACAGAUGGGUUCUCUACAUUUGUCUGUCUCACACUGCUCAUAGCCAAUAUACUCAGGAUCAUGUUCUGGUUUGGAAAGCACUUUGAGUUGCCUCUUCUUGCCCAAAGUGUUAUAAUGGUGUUCACGAUGAUGAUGAUGAUGCGCCUGUGUGUACAGAUGAAGAACAAGUCAGAAAUAGUGGCGUCAAAACAACAUCAAUUUACUGAUUCUAAGAAUCACCCUCACCAAAAUGGCGACUCAGAAACCUCCCGGUCAUACCCCUCCCUGGGGAAGGCUGCGGGCAGGUCUACAUUCCUUGACUUUGACCGUCAUCAGUUUUGGCAGUGGACCGACUUCAAAAGUUAUAUCCAGUUCAUCAUGUUGUUCACGGCUAUGGUGGCACUGCUGACCUUCCUCCUCUUAAACAACAUUAUCUAUGUAGAACUUAUAGGAUUUCUAGCUGUGUUUGCAGAAGCCUUAUUAGGGGCACCACAGUUUUACAGGAAUUUCCAAAAUAAAUCAACUCAAGGAAUGAGUAAGAAGAUGGUGGGGUUCUGGACUUGUGGAGAUGUGUUUAAGACUGGUUACUUUAUCCUGCGAGAGGCACCACCCCAGUUUUGGAUAUGUGGCAUGCUGCAAGUGUCUAUAGACAUAUCUAUAUUUGUACAGGUGUUCCUCUAUAGGAACCUCCGAGCUCGUGCCCCCAAAUAUUACAGUAGUUAACCUAUAUAUAGUAGAGUUUUAAAUUCCAUUAACCCUACAGGCCGUAGGUGUAUUUGCCUGUAAGAGAAUAUAUAUAUGUUAUAUGCUAUGUUGCAGCAUUUGUUUCUAAAAUUAUCUAUCACACCAAUGUUAACCUUUUUGUUCUUUAAACUUUGAUAUACUUCAUGCUCCACUCCAUGUAUAGGUGAACACAACUAGCAGAUAUGAAUAGGUGAAUUAUCACUGUGUUAACUGUAAUAGUCCAAGCCUGCUUGUAUAAAACAUGCAUUCUCGAGAUUUCAUCCAGCCUCAGAUUGUCCAUUAUCAGUAAUUGAGAUUUUUCAUUAAUUGUGAAUAUUUCUGCCAAAACUAGAUCUAAAUUGAACAUUUGUCAUUGACAAUUAGUCAUAUUGGAGUUUAUAUAUUACAAACACAGAACUGCAAAAAAUUCAUCCCCUGACUUGUGAUUUUGUGUACAUCUGCAAAUUAUUGAAAAAAAAAAAAAAAAAAAACUUGCAUCAUUUAACACUGGAUAGAAAGAUGACUUAAAUUACCACAUAAUUUAUAAGACAAAUGUCAUAUUUGGAAUGUGCAUGCAAUGAGUGAACAGUAAGAAAUGAUUUCAUCAUUAAAAUAGAAUUAUUUUACGCUUUUCAUUUAAAAGUUUUGUAGUUUAAAGAGAUUUUAGAAUGAACAACAGUACAAUUUCUCUUGAAAUCUUAUUUAAGCUGAGUGAUGCAUGCUGCUGAAUCUCUGUUUUAUACAAGGUACAGGCUGCUGAUGUGUAUGUUCUAAAUUUAGAACUUCAUUCCUUUUUCAUUAAAAUGUUUCUGGAACUAUCCUAAACUUUCAUUUUAGCUUUUUAUAUUUUUGCUAUGUCAAGCUAAAAAGAAAACUUUGGGGUGACAUUUAUAAACCUCUUAUGAAAUAAAAUUAAGAUUUUUCUUACUAAGGAUGUAUGCAAAUACUUGUGGAAAACAUCUUUUCUGAACCCAUUGUCGCGUCCUAAUGAUCACAGCCUUAAAGACAUGUCUAUAGUCUUCCUUGCAAAGUCACAAUACACAAUAACAUUUCUUAGUUCCAGUGUCACAAUAGGAUGUCACAGGAGGUAAUACUCAAAAAAAUAAAUUAUUUGAGUAUAUGCACUGUAUAACGUAUUAGAUACGUGAUCUAAAUACACAUUUACCAUCCGUAUUUACACACAUAUAUUAUGUGUGUAUUUGUAAAUGUGUGGUAAAAGAAUUGGUGUUUUGAAAUAUACAACAUAUGGUAAACAUUGGCCUAAUUACGAAUAUAUCUUUAUUAUAUGCUCAGUAUAACAUAGUAGUCAUGUGAUAUACAUAUGUAUAUUUACUUGUUUACCACACAAGUUUAAACACAUAAAACAUAUAUCUAUAUAAAUUGGUAUGUGUGUGAAAGUUUGGUAAAAGAGUUGGCGUUGGGAAGUAUACAUAGAAUUUAUUAAUCUUGGCCUAUUUAUUUCUGAUUAGCUUAAUGACAGUUUCACAAAUUUAUUACUUAAAAUGAAUCAAUAACAUGAAAAAUUUGUAUAAAAAAUGAUACAAAUUUGAAGAUUUAUUCUGAUCACAUUGACUCCAAAAAAAAAAAAAUGGACCUUAAAAUCUGUUUGAAUACUAACUCAUUCACCCUUGAUGUUUGGUAAGGAAAGGAGUGCGCACAUACCGGUACAUGUACCUAUAAACAGAACAAACAAGCAGUCUCUGUUUUGUCAUCAGUAAUGUCCAAUGAAAACAUCACUUCUGACAUGUUUUAUUUUGAUGUUUGGCUUUGUUCAUUUCUGUUAACUCAUUCACCCCUGAAAUUUCAUAAUGAACUAU